UUUUGCCGGAUGUUGAACAAAGCAAUCUAAUGUGAACACUACGAAGAGAAAUUAAGGAGUUUUCCAAAGUUCAGUCAGGUGAAGAUGUCUUCAUUGGUGACCUAUGAUGACUCAGAGGAUGAGUCCUGCAAUCAGACGGAGGAAGAACAAUCAGACCCGUCUGGAUUUAAUAGUGUCAAUGUAAAGCCCAGACCUGCAGGUUCAGAAACAGUUUUAGGACAAAGUAGCUCUUCUUUGUUGUAUGUUUACCCAAAGAUACCACACUGGGAUAGGAAGUACCAUAGCAGAAACGAAGGGAAACAUUUUAAAGACAGAUCUGCUUGUCUCACUUUCUCAAAAAGUGUCGCCGAUGGUUCAAAUCCCGCUAAAAGGCGGCCAUCUUCUCUCCCUGGUGUCAGACCGUACAUCCCAAAGAGACAAAGACAGUCAGAGGAAACAAAAUGCCCUGAGAAUCACCCAGAACAUAGUUUGGAGAAUCCAACCAGGAAAGAUCCAGUUCUCUUUGAUGUUUCACCAAAAGUGAAGCCUUACCUUGGUGAAAAACCCAAAUCAUCCGGGACGCCCAGGAAGCUUUUAAUGAGCCUGGAAGGCCACCAGGGGGCAGCCAACACGGUGCAGUGGUGCCCCUUGCCUCACGUUAGCCACCUGCUGCUGUCCGCCUCCAUGGACAAGACCUUUAAGGUGUGGGAUGGAGCAGAAAGUGGACGAUGCCUUAGGCUUUACACCUGCCACUCGGGAGCCGUGCGUGACGCCUGCUGGACCCCCUGUGGGCGACAGAUCCUCACCGGCUCAUUUGACAACACGGCUGUGAUCACUGAUGUGGAGACAGGGCAGCUGACAGUGAAAGUGGAUAACCAGUUUAAGGUGAUGUGUGUGGUUCUUCACCCCGGCAGCCCAGACGUUUUCCUGUGUGGAGGUCACAGUUCGGGGGUGAAAGCCUGGGACUCCCGCUGCUGCAAGGUGGUAAAAACCUACAAAGCGGCCGUCCAGCAGACUUUGGACAUCCUGUUUCUUGGCGGUGGGACGGAUUUCAUAACGAGCUCUGACUGCGUCAGCCGGGACUCCGCCGACCGGACGCUGAUCGCCUGGGAUUACCGCAGCACAGCCAAGAUCUCUAACCAGAUCUACCACGAGCGAUACACGUGUCCAAGCUUGGCUCUCCACCCGCUGGAGGAGUCGUUUGUGGCCCAAACCAACGGGAACUACGUGGCGCUGUUCUCCUCACAGACGCCCUUCAAAAUGAACAAGAGGCGACGAUUCGAUGGACAUAAGGUGGAGGGUUAUGCUGUCCGCUGUGGCUUUUCCCUGGAUGGAGCCAUCUUGGCCUCGGGCAGCUCCACCGGUUCGGCCCACUUCUACGACUAUCAAAGCACUCGCGCUUUGCAUGCCAUCCAGGCGCACAGCCAGCCAUGCGUGUGCGUUUCGCCGCAUCCUGUGCUUCCUGCCACGGCGGCCACUUGUGACUGGGCAGGUGAAAUCAAGAUCUGGCACUGAACUGGAAGAAGAUGCACA